CGGGCCGCUUGGCGCCAAUUGCUGACCGCCACAGCCAGGACCAGCUUCGCGGGUUCCCCGGCGGCGCGCAUUCGCUGCCUCCUCGGCUCCGGGAUGAUCGGCCAGAAGACGCUCUACUCCUUCUUCUCCCCUAGCCCCGCCAGGAAGCGACACGCCCCCAGCCCCGAGCCGGCUGAUUUGGGGACUGUCGUGGUGGCCGUGGCUGAAGAGAACGGAGAUGCGGCGGCCAGGCCCGCCAAGAAGGCUCGGGCCGAGCAGGAUGAGCCCGGGACGCCACCCUCCUCGCCGCUGAGCGCGGAGCAGUUGGACCGGAUCCAGAGGAACAAGGCCGCGGCCCUCCUCAGACUCGCGGCCCGCAACGUGCCCGUGGGCUUUGGGGAGAGCUGGAAGAAGCACCUCAGCGGGGAGUUCGGGAAACCGUAUUUUAUCAAGCUAAUGGGAUUUGUUGCAGAAGAAAGAAAGCAUUACACAGUUUAUCCACCCCAACACCAAGUCUUCACCUGGACCCAGAUGUGUGACAUAAGAGAUGUGAAAGUUGUCAUCCUGGGACAGGAUCCAUAUCAUGGACCUAAUCAAGCUCACGGGCUCUGCUUUAGUGUUCAAAGGCCUGUUCCACCUCCGCCCAGUUUGGAGAACAUUUAUAGAGAGCUGUCUACAGACAUAGAGGGUUUUGUCCAUCCUGGCCAUGGAGAUUUAUCUGGGUGGGCCAAGCAAGGUGUUCUGCUACUCAACGCUGUCCUCACGGUUCGGGCACAUCAAGCCAACUCUCAUAAGGAGAGAGGCUGGGAGCAAUUCACCGAUGCAGUUGUGUCCUGGCUAAAUCAGAACACGAAUGGCCUUGUUUUCUUGCUCUGGGGCUCUUAUGCUCAGAAGAAGGGCAGUGCCAUUGAUAGGAAGCGGCACCAUGUCCUACAGACGGCUCACCCCUCCCCGUUGUCAGUGUAUAGAGGGUUCUUUGGAUGUAGACACUUUUCUAAGACCAAUGAGCUGCUGCGGAAGUCUGGCAAGAAGCCCAUCGACUGGAAGGAGCUGUGAUCGGCAGCUGAGGGGUGGCCUGUCUCCACUGGUUUCUUUUGAGAAGCUGCUGUUAACGUUUUUGUCAGUUAUGAAGUUCCACUGAAAAUUUUCCUGUUAAUUCUUAAAUACUCUGCAUAAGGAGGAAAAGCUUCCAAAAAGCAGC